AUGACUCAACUUCACCCAUCGCUCACCACUCUGCAAGUCACGGUCACAACCUUCCAUAUCUUGGCUAUCAUUAUAACCACGUUUCGGCUGGCCUAUAGACAAUCGAGACAUCAAUUGUGGUGGGAUGAUGCACUCACUGCAGCUGCCAUGAUUACAGGUGCCAUCACCUUGGUUGCCUAUCAUGAAUCAGAUCAAGUCCGCGUCGCAGCAAGAUGGUGCACGAUAGUCUUCUUCACAACCUGUUUGUGGCUUUCCCGCCUUAGUAUUGUGUUUUCUAUCAUCCGUCUUGCGCCACGAGAAGACCGCAUGCGAAGGAUAGCACAGUGGGCUGCUAUCAUAUUCGCCGCACUGUGUGUGAUGAUGCUUGCACAAAAAUCGUAUAUCUGUGCCCACAGCAACCACCAGGAAAGAAUUGACUGUGUACUGGGGAGCUCUGUGGCCGCAGCCCAGUUGGCGACGGACUUCGUAUCUGAUAUCACACUUGUGUUGAUGCCAAUCCGACUGCUUCGGGAAAUUCAUUUACCCAAGGACCAACGGGUCCUCGUUAUAUCUGUAUUCUCCACCGGCAUCAUCGUUUCUUUGGCCAGCAUUGUGCACGUCGUGUUUGUUGUGCAACUGGAUGUAUACAUGCAGAGUAUCACCGCUCAAGUCGAGCUUGCGCUUUCCUUGAUUGUGUGCAAUUUAUUGGUUAUCGUGACCUACAUAUACAAAGUCUUCCGGUGCGAAGACCUUGACGUGGACCGCACAAUUUGGACGUCAAGAACACGAACUGCACUUUUCUUCACAACGUUCGUCGAUGCGGAUCAAGCUAAUAGUUGGGCGUGUCCGGAGGAAGUCACGCGUACUGAUCCAGCUGUUGGAAAACUCGACUGGAGAAACAUAAAUUCAGGGUGCCAUUCCUUCGCUGCUGCUGUUUGA